GCGAGAGAGAAAGAGAGCGUUGAAACGACUUCUCGGACAGAUAAGGCGGGAGGAACAGAAGGAGGACCGGCCUGGGCUUUUGAUUCCAUGCUGGACAGGGAGAACAGAAGAUGGCAAAACUCCCAUCAGUUGCUUCCAUCAAUCUGAGUGUGCUGCUUCCUCCACCAUCAUUGCCACUUCCCUCGCUUCUCACUCUCAAAUCCCCUCCCAACCCCAUCAAGUCUAACAAGGAGCAGAGACAAGUAGCAACUUCCGCAUCGAGAUCCGGCAGAGUCUCGCUGAAUUCGAUCCUCAAAAGCUGCAAAACGUGCAGCGGAAAAGGUGCAAUAGAGUGUCCUGGAUGUAAGGGAACUGGGAAAAACAAGAAGAAUGGAAACAUUUUCGAACGGUGGAAAUGCUUUGAAUGUCAAGGAUUUGGGCUGAAGGGCUGCCCCAAUUGUGGAAAAGGAGGCCUCACGCCAGAGCAAAGAGGCGAGAGAUAGUCAGUCUUUGGAAGAACAUCUUGUUGACCACCUUGUAUCUUCAAUUCCUAUAUUGCUACUCGAACUUGAUCUUUAGAUUUUGAGUUCAUUCCUAGCAGUUCAGGUGAAUGAAAGUGUGUGUCAAUUUUCUUCCACGUAA